AGCACCCAACAAAAACAACAGCUUCACUUGGAUAGCCAGUACAUGAAAAUGAGAAAUGUGCAUACGGCUGCAACAAGGGAAAGUAUAAUGGUAUCCAUUGACUUUUUUCUCUUUAUUGCUGAAAGUAUGUUAUUUACCUGCAACAUUAUUCAAAAAAAUCAUACCGUUGGGAGGCGACUGCUCACAUUGCCGAGCUUUGAAUUGAUACCGCCAAAUGUUGAACGUUGGAAGACAAGUGCUCCUAGUGUUGCUUGUGCUUGUGAAAUUACAUUGUCCAUCUGCAGCACAAGAAUAGGCAGAAAACCUCAAAAUAAGACUAGCCCAAUUGGGCAUUAGACACAAUUUUGAAAAAUCAAAGGCCUCUCAGAAAAGGGAAAUUGCUAGGGGCACCCAGCAAGAUUGCUGGUGCAUCCAGUAAUUUUUAGAAUUCCCAAAA